CAAUGAAGUCCAUCGUUGCUAUAACGGCACUCGUAGCAUGUAAGUACCGUACAUUUAUUGGUUUUACCUAUAAACAGAAUUAGGUUUUUUGUAAUGAGUAGGCUCUCCACUAUCUUGCCUGGUGGUAUGCGAUGUUACGAUCUGCAAUGGAACACGCCUACAAGCGACCUAUUCAUUCGGACCUUGAAGACACCCAGGUCAUAAUCACCACGAAGCAGUGACGUUUUGCUGAUUUUCUGGUAUACCACCUUUGCAUGGUAGAACGGGUAAGGAGGAAUCAAAUUAUGCAGUUAUUCGAAAAGAUCUUUGCGCCUGUAUGCAAGGUUUUGGAGUCGGGACUCCAUACGCGCAUCGUCGUCGAUAUACCUUUUCCCAGGCGUCCCAAAACUAAGAGCGAUACACAAUACAUGCUCAACAUCCUACCAGCCAGUUGCUUCUUAGCACAACAUAUUAUAUGAACAUAAAGACGUCAUUAAUGUGCAGCAACUAGGGGCUUCCUGAACCUUGAGGAACCCCGGCGUUAAUACCAAAUUGGUCAGCUAUUGCUAGUGACUAGAAUGACCCAUCCCUCAGCAAGUCUGCUAGCCGCAGCAGCUAGCAGUCUAGGUCUUAGUUUAUUUUGUCUGAUGUGUAAACACUGAUGAGUAAAUAAGGAAAAGUAAAAUUGCUACUUGCCAGGUUUUGAUCUCGUGUUCUCAAGCUUCGGAAUUCAUCAUACCUGUAUGUAAAGGCCCAAUUAUAAUUAAAACACAAUAUGGUUUCCUUGUAUGGGAAACAAAAAUAAGUGGACUUUUAAGCUACCAUUUUGCUACUAUUUACUUUUUUGGCAGAACUUUCAUAUAACUUACUUUACUAUAACUGCCAAUUGCUGAGCAAAGAUGAAUAAAGCGUUAGUUACUAUACUUAAUCAAGGCAGAUGAGCAAUUCCAAUCUUUUAAGUUGCCGUUUUUUAAGUCCAUGAUACUGUUUUACAUUCGUUCAACAAGUUUAUAGAAGACCGUAAUUCAUAGUGUUUCUUAUAUACAUAUUGGCAUGCUACGACUUUCUCGAAUAUAUGUAAAAAAAGAAAAAAAUCUGAUGUACUUCGACUUAUGUUAUUGGUGUUACUAAUAGUUCAUUUUUUUACAGUGUGCUCUGGGCAUAUCCUUCGUGAUAUCCCAGUAGAUAACAGUCACUACGUGGAGGGAGUGAGCCGCUACGUAUGGAUGCCUGAUGCUGAAGGAAACCCCGUACUGGUUGACCUUGAUGAGCCAGUAAAUGAAGAAGUGCUGGAAGCAACCAGGAAUGGAGCUAACAACCAGUACUGGUUAUUCACUCGGAAUAACCGCGCCAAUGCUCAAGUUAUAAUCCAUAAUAAUGUUAACUCCAUUCGUAACUCUAACUACAAUGGCAACCGACCCUUAAAAGUUAUCGUCCACGGAUGGAAUAACAAUGGGAACACCGAAAUGAAUCCUCUCAUCACACGGGCCUUCCUUGACGUCAUGGAUUGUAAUGUUAUUGUAGUCGAUUGGAAUGUUGCCGCCAACUCAGCCUACAGCACAGCUGUUAAUGCAGUCCCCAGUGUGGGACAACACCUCGGGGACUUCCUCAACUGGCUGAUUAGAAAUGGUGGCGGUAAUUGGAACCAAGUUCAUUUAGUUGGGUUCAGCCUUGGUGCUCACGUCGUCGGCAAUGCUGGACGUCGAGUCGGAAAUCAACCAGCACGUAUAACCGGUUUGGAUCCUGCCGGCUACCGUUGGCAUAAUAACGCAAACAGAUUAACUUCUAGUAAUGGCCGAUACGUAGAAGCUAUUCACACAGACGGUCACAGCCUUGGUAUAAUGAAUCCCAGCGGACACGCCGACUUCUACCCUAACGGUGGUAAAAACCCUCAGCCUGGUUGUUGGACUAGUCUGUGUUCUCAUGGUCGUGCCACGGAGCUAUUCGCCGCCACUGUCCGUCACAACCAUUUGGUAGGCAGACAGUGUCCCAACAUCUGGGAGGCUGAACUCGGAACAUGUAAUGGAGCAUCCUUUCACAUGGGUAACGCAAACUUGAAUAAGCGUGGGAAUGGUCUUUACGCUCUGAGAACCGGAUCAAGUGCUCCUUUUUAAACUAAGAAUUUUACUUAUGCAAGACUAAAAUUAAUGUCAACAAGGCUGUUUUCAAUAAAAAUAAUUAAUGAAAGAAUGAUUUUCGUUUGAUUACAAAAAAAAAAUGUAUUGUGAUUGUGACAGAGUUGCAUUAUUUUCAAACUAAAACCGCAUUGUUCUGUCUAAUCUUUUGGUAGCCAAAAGCUGCCGUACGCUC